CUAGCGUCACUGCUGGUUAUCAUUACCAAUUUGCAAAUCAUCACAUCACACUCUUUCACUCUGUGGUGCACUUCAGUUCUACUGAGAUCCAACGUCCCAGACCAACGGUCAGGAUAGACAACGUCAAAUCAUCAGGAUGCUGUUUAUCUUUUUAUCAUCUGUUGGAUUCUUCUUCAACAUUGGGAAAAGCACUGCAGUGCAAUCUGAGCUGAGAAUUACAACAAUUCUGCAAGAGCCUUAUACAAUGUCCAAAGGCUCACAACUGGAAGGCUUCUGCAUGGACCUGCUGUCUGAAGUCGCCAAAAAGCUGGACUUCAGGUACAAAGUGCACCUUGUGAAGGACGCUUCGUAUGGCAGACAGGAUGACAACGGACACUGGAACGGGAUGGUUGGGGAAGUGCUGCGAGGGGAGGCAGACUUGGCAAUCGCACCUCUGACCCUGACCGCGGCUCGGGAGAAGGCGGUCGCCAUGACCAAACCCUUCAUGCAGACGGGAAUAAGCAUCCUACUGAAGAAGGACAUCUCAGAGGGGAUGGGCUUCUUUGAUUUCCUCACUCCCUUUUCAGCUGAGACCUGGGCCGGUAUUAUCAUCGCCUACCUGGCAACGGCUGCCUGCAUCUCGAUAGUAGCCAGAGUCAGCCCGAGUGAGUGGAGUCAACCUCAGAGUGAGCGGAGCACUUUCAGCUUUGCACACAGCCUUUGGUACGCUACUGGGGCGCUAACGCUACAAGGUGCCGGUCCACAUCCCCGUGCGCUCUCAGGACGUGUUGUCUGCUGCAGCUGGUGGCUAUUUGCUGUGGUGAUCCUGGCUUGUUAUUUCUCCAACCUCAGCCUGUCCAAAAGCCCUGAGUCUACUCAGCUAAGCGUGAAAGGCUUCGAGGACUUGGCCAAUCAGAAUGUGAUUGAAUACGGGUGCCUGAGCGCCUCUUCCACGCUGGCCUUCUUCAAGAAUUCUGACAACCCGGUAUAUCGUAGGAUCUAUGAGCACAUGGAGAGAAGCAAAAGUCUGGUGUCGUCCAUGGAUGAAGGCAUCCAACGUGUGAAAGAGGGCAACUUUGCCUUCAUUGGGGAGUCGGUAUCUCUGGACUUGGCAGUGGCACGCCACUGCGACCUGGUCAGAGCCCAUGAGGUGGUCGGCAUGAGGGGAUACAGCAUUGCCGCCAUGCUUGGAUCCCCGUUCAUAAAGAACCUGAACCUAGCCAUCCUGCAGCUGAGCGAGGCAGGCGAGCUGGCUUAUCUGCAAAGCAAAUGGUGGGCCAGCAGCUGCAUGGCGGACAAGGCCAAGGCGGCAGCUGCGCAGCCGCACGGCUUCAAGGGAAUGUUUGUGGUGCUUGCGUUGGGCCUGACGCUUGGAACACUGCUGGCCAUCCUGGAGCUCGCUUCGAGGAGUCGCAGCAGUGCGGCAGAGCAGAAGAAAUCUUUCUGCCGAGUGCUGACUGAAGAGCUCAGCUUGCGUUUCCGGAGCAGCAACAGAGCAACAAAGCGAACUCAAGAAUCUGUUGAUAAAGAAACCGAAAAGGCAUAGAAUCAUUCUUUACACACUGAUAAUUGGCCCUUUUUGAUAGCCUAUAACACUGAUAAAAACCUUACAUAGAUCUUACUUAUUACUGAGCUACUAUUGUAUAAAUGUACCGGUAAUACAAAUGCUCAAACAAUUAGCAACUAACUGUGAACUGAAAUAAAAGCAAACUUUGCAUAAAACAUUGUGAAAAAUUAAUAUUAAAGGAAGCAUAACAUAAAUAAAAAGUGUAUGUCACA